AUGGAUCGAAAAAAGAAUAUUCGGAAUAUGUCGGUUAUCGCGCACGUUGAUCAUGAUCGUGAUGAUUUUAGAUUUCUCUGUGGAAAAUCUCGUGCUAUCAUAUUAAAUCUUCCACAACAUUUUUCAGGGAAAUCAACAUUAACCGAUUCAUUGGUAUCAAAAGCGGGUAUAAUAGCCGGUGCUAAGGCUGGAGAGACACGUUUCACUGACACCCGAAAGGAUGAACAAGAACGCUGCAUUACUAUUAAGUCGACUGGUAUAUCAUUGUUCUUUGAACUCGAAGCCAGAGAUUUAGAUUUUAUCAAACAGGAAAAUCAAGUGGAAAUUGAUGUAGUGAAUGGCGAGAAACAGAAAUUGAAAGGAUUCCUUAUAAAUCUUAUCGAUUCACCUGGCCAUGUAGAUUUUUCAAGUGAGGUUACUGCGGCGCUUCGCGUAACAGACGGUGCUUUAGUUGUUGUUGAUUGCGUAUCCGGAGUGUGUGUGCAAACUGAGACGGUAUUGCGGCAAGCCAUCGCUGAAAGGAUCAAGCCAGUUCUUUUCAUGAAUAAAAUGGAUCGUGCCUUAUUAGAGUUACAACUUGGUCAAGAAGAACUUUAUCAAACAUUUCAACGAAUAGUUGAAAAUAUUAAUGUAAUUAUUGCCACUUAUGGUGAUGAUGAUGGACCAAUGGGACCAAUCAUGGUUGAUCCAGCUAUUGGAAAUGUUGGAUUUGGUUCGGGACUUCAUGGAUGGGCUUUCACUUUAAAACAGUUUGCUGAAAUUUAUGCCGAGAAGUUCGGAGUUAAAGUGGAGAAAUUAAUGCGUAAUUUAUGGGGAGAUAGGUUUUUCAAUUUAAAGACAAAAAAAUGGUCUUCGACUCAGGAUCCUGACAGCAAGAGAGGUUUUGUACAAUUUGUACUUGAUCCAAUUUUCAAAGUAUUUGAUGCGGUCAUGAAUGUCAAGAAAGAUGAGACAGCGAAGUUGAUCGAGAAAUUGGAUAUUAAAUUAUCCAAUGAAGAAAAGAGUUUAGAGGGAAAACCUUUAAUGAAAGUUAUGAUGCGUAAAUGGUUGCCAGCGGGAGACACCAUGCUUCAAAUGAUCUGUAUUCAUUUACCGUCUCCAGUGACUGCUCAAAAAUAUAGGAUGGAAAUGUUAUAUGAGGGACCGCAUGAUGAUGAAGCCGCAAUAGCUAUAAAGAAUUGCGAUCCAAAUGGGCCAUUAAUGAUGUAUGUAUCAAAAAUGGUACCUACUUCAGAUAAGGGUCGAUUCUACGCUUUUGGUCGUGUUUUUUCGGGCAAGGUGGCAACUGGUAUGAAAGCUAGAAUUCAAGGGCCAAACUAUACGCCCGGUAAGAAGGAAGAUUUGUAUGAAAAAACCAUACAGAGAACCAUUCUUAUGAUGGGCCGUUACGUCGAGCCUAUAGAAGAUAUCCCAUCUGGUAAUAUUGCGGGCCUGGUUGGAGUGGACCAGUAUCUUGUAAAAGGUGGAACUAUUACGACGUUUAAAGAUGCGCAUAAUUUGCGUGUGAUGAAAUUCUCUGUCUCGCCAGUUGUACGCGUAGCUGUUGAACCAAAGAAUCCCGGAGACUUGCCGAAAUUGGUGGAAGGAUUAAAACGGUUGGCUAAAUCGGAUCCUAUGGUGCAGUGCAUUUUUGAAGAAUCUGGAGAACACAUCAUUGCUGGUGCCGGCGAAUUGCAUUUAGAGAUUUGCCUAAAAGAUUUAGAAGAAGAUCAUGCAUGCAUUCCGCUUAAGAAAUCCGAUCCAGUCGUUUCAUAUAGAGAGACUGUUUCGGAGGAAUCAGAUCAGAUGUGUUUGUCUAAAUCGCCGAAUAAGCAUAACAGACUGUUCGCUAAAGCUGUGCCUAUGCCAGAUGGUUUGGCGGACGAUAUUGACAAUGGGCAAAUCAACGCUCGCGAUGAAUUAAAGGCCCGUGCCAAAAUUCUCGCCGAGAAGUAUGAUUAUGAUGUGACUGAAGCCCGCAAAAUCUGGUGCUUUGGUCCGGAAGGUACAGGCGCCAAUAUCCUCGUGGAUGUCACUAAAGGAGUUCAAUACUUAAAUGAAAUUAAGGAUUCAGUUGUUGCUGGUUUCCAGUGGGCGACAAAGGAAGGUGUCUUAUGUGAGGAAAAUAUGCGAGCGGUUAGGUUUAAUAUUCAUGAUGUAACGCUUCACGCCGACGCAAUUCAUCGAGGUGGCGGUCAGAUAAUUCCUACUGCCCGUCGUGUUUUUUAUGCGUGUGUGUUAACGGCUUCCCCACGUAUUCUGGAACCUGUGUAUCUUGUCGAAAUACAAUGUCCAGAAAAUGCUGUUGGAGGUAUAUAUGGAGUAUUAAAUCGUCGAAGAGGGCACGUUUUCGAAGAAUCACAGAUAGCAGGAACACCGAUGUUUGUCGUUAAAGCAUAUUUGCCUGUCAACGAAUCCUUUGGUUUCACAGCUGACCUUCGUUCAAAUACAGGUGGUCAAGCUUUUCCUCAAUGUGUAUUUGAUCACUGGCAAGUUUUUCCUGGUGAUCCGCUUGAAGCAAAUAGCAAGCCUAACCAAAUAGUAUUAGAAACUCGCAAACGUAAAGGUCUUAAAGAUCAAAUACCUGGUCUUGAUAAUUUCUUGGAUAGAAUGUAA